AGGAUCAGGAACAAAAGAAAACUAUAUAUUUAAGAAAAUGGCAUCUAGACUUUCGCGAGAGGAAGAAAACUAUGUCAGGAUGUGAUUUUUGAUGACAGGAAUAUCUACUCGUGCAGCAAGAAUUGUAUUUGAUCGUGAAUUUGCUCCAUCAUGUUUGGAUUCUACACUGAAGAGAGAGACAAAUAAAUUGAGAAAACUUCAAAAUGAAGGAAAUAUAAACCAGUUCCAGUGGAAUUGCCUGUUCCGGAAUAAACCUGAUGUACCUGAUUCGAAAACAUUUGAUAUAACUCUAAUGAUAACAUUACUAAGACACCUGACAGACCUGACUCCUCCUCUACUUGGAUAUGACUGUUUGCCAUCUGUUAAUGAAAAUACACCAUCCUCAGAUUUAGCCAGAAUAAAAUAUUAUAGAAACUUCCUAGCUCACCUGGUUGAGGAGAAAAUAGAGGAUACUGAAUUCAUCACAGCAUGGGACACUGUCACUGAUGCUAUCAGUAGGUUAGGUGGACAACCAAUAAAGCAAGAGUGUGAUCACUUGAAGGUGAAAUUACUGGACCCAGAGUACUCAGGAAAUAAUGGAACUCAAGAAGUCAGUAGAGAGCUUGAAAAAAGCUAAUGAAGAUACGACAAUAGAAGUGAAAAAGUUAAAAACAUCUCAUGAAGAUACAGUACCUUGGAAUAUAAGGGCACUAAUUAAUGAGAUCCUUGUCGAGUGGAAGGACAAUGAUAAGAUGUUUAUAACAACAAGAGCUGCCAAAGAUGUACUAAAAUGUAUAAAGGAGAACAAUUGUGUAACUAUUACUGCUAGUUCUGGGGUAGGGAAGACGGCCACACUUCGACAUGUGGCAUUACAGAUGGCAACAGAAGGGUAUGAUGUACUUCUAGUGACAGACCCAGGUGACAUUGUCAAGUUUUAUAACCCAAUCCAGAAAACAUUGUUUGUUAUUGAUGAUUUAUAUGGAAACUAUUCUUUAAACCAGACUGACAUUAAAGUUUGGGAACCUUUCAUGGAGAGAAUCAAAAAGAUCCUUUCAAAAAAACUUUCUAAAAUAAUUGUAGCAUGUCGAUUACAAGUGUAUCAGGAUGACAAAUUUGAAUCUAUAUCAGUUUUCAAGUCAUGUGUAUGUAACCUAUUAACAGAAAGCAUGUGCUUGUCAAAAGCUGAAAAAGAGUCAAUAGCUGAGUUUUAUCUUCAAACAAAAGCUCAUGAAAUUACAGAUUAUUAUGAUUUAUAUGAUUGUUUUCCACUUUUAUGUAAAUUGUAUCCUGAAAAUCCUUCACUAAAUAUCACAGAUUACUUCCAAAAUCCUUUUACAGUGUAUGAAGCCGAGAUUGAUAAGCUACAGAAAAACGGAUUUUACAGUAAAUACUGUGCUUUGGCUUUAUGUGUCAUAUUUAACAACAAUUUGCAUGAGGCUAUAUUAACAGAGGAGGUGAAUGAAGAAACAAGAGCUAUGAUUGAGAACACAUGUGAGGCAUGUAGACUGGACAAAGGAACAUCAAGGCUUACUUUACAGGAUGACCUUAACUCAUUUAUACAUACAUUCUUGAAACAGCAACAAAACAUAUACAAAACUAUUCAUGAUAUAAUAUUUGACUUUCUGGUGUACUACUAUGGAAAGAAAAUAAUCUGCUGCUUGAUAAAGAAUGCACAUAGGGGUUUGAUAAGGGAAAGAUUUUUAUUACAAAGACAAAAUAAUGUGGAUAGAUUUGUAACAAUUGUCCCUCCUAAAUAUCAUCAAAUGUAUACACAAAGAAUGAUUGAAGACUGGUCAAAGGGUAAAGUCAAUGCUGUAUUUUGUAACAUCAAUAUGGAGAUAUCUCCGUUCAGAAAAAAAUUUCUCUGUUAUUUGAAUGAACUGGAUACAUUGUACCAGAGACAAUUAGCACAUACCUGUGAUGCAGGUAACAAUGAUACUGCUCUGUUAAAUUUAUGUUUUCAAAGGGAUAUUCCUAUCAUUCAAUGGUGUUUAAGUCAUGAUGUUGAUGUUAAUCAGUGUAGGAAUAAUGAGGUAACUCCAUUGUGUGUAGCUGUCCAGGAAGGUGGGACAAAAAUAGUAAAGAUGUUGUUAGACAUGGGAGCAGAUUAUGAUAAAUGUGACAAUAAAGGUUUGUCACCUUUAUAUGUUGCUAGUAAAUAUGGACAUGUAGAUAUAGUAAGGAUGUUGUUAGAUAUAGGAGCAGAUUAUAAUAAAUGUGCCAAUGUUGGUUGGCCACCUGUAAUUAUUGCUAUAAGAUAUGGACAUGUACUAGUAGUUAGGAUGUUGUUGGACAUAGGAGCAGAUUAUAAUAGAUGUGACAUAUAUGGUUGGUCACCUGUAAUGAGUGCUUGUAGAUAUGGACAUACAGAAAUAGUAAGGAUGUUGUUAGAUAUAGGAGCAGAUUAUAAUAAACGUACCAAUAAGGGUUGGUCACCUGUAAUGAAUGCUGGUAGAUAUGGACAUACAGAAAUAGUAAAAAUGUUGUUAGACAAAGGUGCAGAUUAUGAUAAAUGCGACAGAGACAGUUGUUCACCUGUAAAGUUUGCUUGUAGUGCUGGUCACACAGAAAUAGUAAGGAUGUUAUUAGACAAAGGAGCAGAUUAUUAUAAAUGUGACAAUGAUGGAGCAGAUUAUAAUAAAUGUGACAGAGACAAUUGUUCACCUGUAAAGUUUGCUUGUAGUGCUGGUCACAAAGAAAUAGUAAGGAUGUUAUUAGACAAAGGAGCAGAUUAA